GUGUGAUAGAUGGAUGAUUCAUUAGUAGUCGUAGUUCGUAGUCCAAUAAUCAUAGCAAUACGGAUGUCUAUAAAGUUGGAGCGUGUGUAUGGUACGACCUUACUUAUUACUCAAUCACAACUCAUCUAGCCUACCCCGUUAUUGUCUGCUUGAGAACUAGACAUUCCAGAAGACGUCGACCUCUCACGUCCAGUUUGUCGUCGGAUGAGACUUCGCUAUAAUCAAACGCUACCUACUCUACUCUGCUUGACCUUGUCUUCCAACUGGAAGUCCUUGGUUGCGGGGCGACUCACAAAACUACCUGGCGUCGAUGAAUCCCACGGCCCUUAACAUCAUCUAGAUAUACGCAUAUAUAUAUUCAUGAUGAACACAAACACGCCAGGCAGAUUCAACGAGAAUCACGCUUCAGAUGACUUGCUUAAUAAAUGCUGGGGACAUCAAGACUGCCGGGAUUGUUUGUCAGUAGGCCCUUGCUCGUGGUGUGCCGUAUCCUCUACCUGCGUUCCAAAUACAUCUCCCAUGAAGAUCCUCGCACCUAUUUUCAGCAGUAAUAUCUGUCCCCUCUGGUCUGAGCGGUGGGAGUUGAGAGCAAGACCGCUGGGAUGUCACGUUUCAACCAUCACAUUUUUGACAUUCCUUGGGUCAAUAUAUGGAACACUUUUGGCAUUGGGGAUUAUCCUUCUUGUAAUGAAGUGUUUGCAACCUGGAGAAAGGAAUCAAAGGUGGUGGAAGAUCUCGAGGCAAUAUCCAAGGAAGUUCUGGAAAAGGAAGGACUCGGGAGUGAUGGAAGCAGAUGAUCCCCCAGAAUCCCGACCAUUAUUAGAAUAGGUUUGAAUCAAAGUACCUCGAACAAAGUGAUCUUUUGGGCAAUGGAUACAUAGUUCAAUGACUGGCUUGGCA